ACAGAUUCAUCACCCAUGAGCGUAAGAGAUACAGUAGGUGGCGGUAAUACUCCUAAGGCGUGAACGGCCAUUGAACAAAGAGAAGAAGAAGUAGUAGUAGUAGUAGUAAACUUCCGGUCAUGGCGGAGAAGAAAAUAGCUGUCCGUUCGCAGGAUCCUAACCAGCGGCGCGUGCUGGACAGCGCGACGCGCCAGCGCCGUUUAACCCGCCAGCUCGAGGCUCUCGAGAAAGACAACUUCCAGGACGACCCUCACGCGAGCCUCCCGCAGCUCGUCAAGCGGCUGCCGCAAUUCGACGAGAGCAACGAAUCCGGUAACGAAUCGAGCAAGCGGAGGAAGAAGACAAGGGGUGAUCAUUUUAAACAGAGGUUCCGCAAAAACUUCCAGACUCUUCUGGAGGAGGAGGACUUGAGUGUCAGUGAGGGUCCAAACUAUCUGACUGCAUGUGCUGAGCCCUCCAAGUUUCCUCAGCGACAUUUCUGUGCAGUGUGUGGCUUCCCUUCAAACUACACUUGUGUGUCAUGUGGAGCUCGCUACUGCUGUGUGCGAUGUUUAGGAACACACCACGAGACCAGGUGUCUAAAGUGGACAGUAUGAUUUGUUCCUCCCAACUGAACUUCUGUCAAAAUCAAAACAAGCUUAUGGGUCAAACUGCACACUUACAAGUUCACAUUCCUCAGAGACAUCACAGUCAUUUGCCUGUGCAAACAUGUUGAGGUAUUAAUCACUAGAAGUCUAAGACCUGACUGCUAAAAUAAUGUCAUCUCUGCAGCUCUUUAUAUAACAAAUAGGCUGCACUACAUUUGAAAUUUCACAUAAUAGGAUGAAGCAUAUAAAGCAUUUGCCAAAAAAUGAGGAGCUGUUCAAGUAUUGUAAAAAGAGUUCAUUCUGUGGCAAGCUUUGGCUUGGUCUUAAAACAUAGAGAAUGCCAGUGGAAAAACUGCUAUUUAAGUGUUUUGGAGUAAAUGACCACAAUUGGCAGAAAGGAAGGACUCAAAUCUUAUCGUUACAAAAGUUAAAAAAUGUUCUUUAAAAAGCAAAAUGCCUGUUCAGAGAUUUCUUUAUCAAAAUUAAAGGAACCUGCAGCAGUUACAAUGGUUUUUGUAUAUGAAGUUUUGUAUUUAACACAGAGUAUUGCUUUUGUAUGUAAAUAUGUAUAAAUAAUUGUUCCUCUUACUGUUAAAAAAUUGAGUUGUCUGAAACAAAUAAAUGACUGGAAGUAGUAAAAA